ACAGCUGCUCGACCCCUACACGAAGCUCGCCAUCUUAAGCAGACUAGCGUAGGCUGUUUAUUGGUCAGGCCUCGGCUCGGAGAUGACGUCACCAAGUCUGCGCUGCUGAGUUUUGCUUUGAUCGUGAUUUCAAAUCAAAGAUGAGUGGGCGUGGCCACAGCUGGUCUGAUCCAGAUCUGCGUGUUGAUUUGGCACAAGUUUUACACCGCCUCUCUGAUGCAACUCCAUAUGACGUGGACAACUGUUGAGUUCAUCACAAUGUGGACAAAUUCUACAACUAGAUCAGAAAAAGUCCAACAUUCAGUCUGGAGCUGUGUGAAGUAAAAGUCUGCAGGCUGAUUUCCACAGUCAGAGUUCAGCAGCCAAAUCACUGACAGACAGCACGAAACAUUUCCUGGACCGCAAGAAUCCAACCUCAGGAGACCCACCGCAGAGUUCUGAGAGGGAAAACAAAAACCAUGAAGAGGAGGAGGGAGUGUCCCUCAGAGUCUGAAGGACAUGAAGACACCAAGAAGGUGAUGAAGGGUUGUGGUGAGGACACAGAGGAGGGGCCCUCGAUCCAGACCAGAGCUCAGAGGUCACAGUGGGGUCGAGCACGUGGGCCUGAACCCAGCUAUGUGUCCAUGAAGAGUGACAGUUCAAAGGACAUUUGGACUGAUUUUAAACGGAGCGUUCAUCAGAGUCCAGACCCGUCUGGACCUGGACCCAGCUGUGUGUCCCUGAACAGUGACUGGUCCAUGGAGAGACUCCCUCUUUUUAAAGGACAGCAUCCCUCUGCUGGACAGACAGUGAAGCAGCAGAGCUCAGAGGUUCUCAGGGUUCCAUCUGCUCAGCAGCAUCAAAGACGCCUGAACCACAUGUUUACGAACAUCGAGGAGAACAUGUGGAUAUUUAUGAAAAAUGAGCUGAAGAUGAUCCAGAAGGUUCUCCUGACAAAUGAUGCAGAAUACUUGGAGAGUCAGAGUGAGGAUGAGGAGCAGAGGAGCAUCCGACUGGUUUUCCUGGACCUCACAGUGGCCUUCAUGAGGAGCAUGAAUUACGAGGAGUUGGCUGACUGUCUGCAGAGCAGAACUCGUGCUGAAGUUUGUCGUCGUAAAGUCAAAUCUAAGGUGAAGCAGAAGUUUGAGCGUGUGUUUGAGGGGAUCUCUAAAGCAGGAAAGAUGACUCUUCUGAAAGAGAUCUACACAGAGCUCUACAUCACAGAGGGCGGGGCUUCAGAGGUCAACCAGGAACAUGAGGUCAGACAGAUUGAAGCAGCAUCCAGGAAAACAGACACACCACAAAGAACCAUCACAUGUGAAGACAUCUUUAAAGCCUCAGCUGACACACAGCCACCAAUCAGAACAGUGCUGACAAAGGGUGUGGCCGGCAUCGGGAAAACGGUCUUAACACAGAAGUGGACUCUGGACUGGGCUGAAGGACGAACCAAUCAGGACUUCCACUUCAUAUUUCCAUUCACUUUCAGAGAGCUGAAUGUGCUGAAAGAGAAGAAGUUCAGCUUGGUGGAAUUUGUUCAUUACUUCUUUCCUGAAACCAAAGAAGCAGGAAUCUGCAGCUUCCAGCACUUCCAGGUCUUGAUCAUCUUGGACGGUCUGGAUGAGUGUCGCCUCCCUCUGGACUUCCACAGCAAUGACAUCCUGACUGAUGUCACAGAGUCAAGCUCAGUGGAUGUUCUGCUGACGAACCUCAUCAGGAGGAACCUGUUUCCCUCUGCUCGCCUCUGGAUCACCACACGACCUGCAGCAGCCAAUCAGAUCCCUCCUGAGUGUGUGGACAUGGUGACAGAGGUCAGAGGCUUCACUGACCCUCAGAAGGAGGAGUACUUCAGGAAGAGAUUCAGAGAUGAGGAGCAGUUCAGAAGAAUCAUCUCCCACUUGAAGACAUCACGGAGCCUCCACAUCAUGUGUCACAUCCCAGUCUUCUGUUGGAUCACUGCUACAGUUCUGGAGGACGUGUUGGACACCAGAGACAAACCAGAGCUGCCAGAGACCCUGACUGAGAUGUACAUCUACUUCCUGGUGGUUCAGUCCAGAGUGAAGAAGGUCAAGUAUGAUGAAGGAGCUGAGACAGAUCCACUGUGGAAUCCAGAGAACAGGGAGAUGAUUGGGUCUCUGGGAAAACUGGCUUUUGAGCAGCUGCAGAAAGGGAACCUGAUCUUUUAUGAAGAGGACCUGAUAGAGUGUGGCAUCGAUAUCAGAGCAGCCUCAGUGUACUCAGGAGUCUUCACACAGAUCUUUAAAGAAGAGAGAGGACUAUACCAGGACAAGGUCUUCUGCUUCGUCCAUCUGAGUGUUCAGGAGUUUCUGGCUGCUCUUUUUGUCCAUCUAACCUUCAUCCAGUCUGGAGUCAAUCUGCUGUACAACGAUCAAACAUCAUCCAGAAGGUCUGAGACGUCUGAAGAUAAACUUGAACUAACAUGUCUCCAUCAGAGUGCUGUGGACGAGGCCUUACAGAGUCCAAAUGGACACCUGGACUUGUUCCUGCGCUUCCUUCUGGGUCUUUCCCUGCAGACCAGUCAGAUGCUCCUACGAGGCCUGAUGAGACAGACAGACAGAAUCUCAGAGACCAGUCAGGAAACAGUCGAGUACAUCAAAGAGAAACUUGAUGAGAAACUGUCUGCAGAGAGAAACAUCAAUCUGAUCCACUGUCUGAAUGAACUGAAGGAUCAUUUUCUAUUGAAUUACAUCCAACAGCUCCUGAACUCUGGAAGUCUCUCUAAAUAUGGUGUGUCUGGUUCUUAUUUAUCAGCUCUGGCCUUCAUCUUACUGUCCUCAGAUCAACAUCUGGACGUGUUUGACCUGAAAAAAUAUGAACCUUCACAUGAGGCUCUUCUGCUCCUGCUGCCAGUGAUCAAAGAAUCUACAAAAGUUUUGUUAUCUGGCUGUAAUCUGUCAGAGAGAAGCUGUGAAGUUCUGUCUUCAGUUCUCAGCUCUCAGUCCUCCAGUCUGACAGAACUGGACCUGAGUCAGAACUGGCUGCAGGAUUCAGGAGUGAAGCUGCUGUCUGCUGGACUGGAGAGUCCACAUUCUCACCUGGAGACUCUCAGGCUGAGUUUGUGUGAUCUGUCAGAGAGAAGCUGUGAAGUUCUGAGCUCAGUUCUCAGCUCUCAGUCCUCCAGUCUGACAGAACUGGACCUGAGUAACAACGAUCUGCAGGAUUCAGGAGUGAAGCUGCUGUCUGCUGGACUAGAGAGUCCACACUGUCACCUGGAGACUCUCAGGCUGUCAGGCUGUCUGAUCACACAUGAAGGCUGUGCUUCUCUGGCCUCAGCUCUGACCUCCAACCCCUCCCAUCUGAGAGAGCUGGACCUGAGCUACAACCAUCCAGGAGACUCAGUCAAGCUGCUGGAUCCACUCCGGACUCUGAACUCUCUCAGGGUGGAUCCAGGUGGAGUCCGAUGGCUGAGACCAGGUCUGAGGAAGUAUUUCUCUGAACUCUCUCUGGAUCCAAACUCAGCGAACAGAAAACUCAAACUGUCCAAAAACAACACAAAGGUGGAACAUGUGGACGAGGAUCAAUCAUAUCCUGAUCAUCCAGACAGAUUUGACCUUUGCCCUCAGGUCCUGUCUUCAACUGGUCUGACUGGUCGCUGUUACUGGGAGGUCGAGUGGAGAGGACGUGUUUUUAUAUCAGUGACUUACAGAAGAAUCAGAAGGAAAGGAAACAGAGUGGACUGUGAGUUUGGACGUAAUGAUCAGUCCUGGAGUCUGAUCUGCUCUGAUGGUUCUUGUUACUCUGUCUGUCACAAUAACAGAGAAACAGAUCUUCCUCGCUCCCUGUCAUCCUCUCACAGAGUCUCAGUGUUUGUGGACUGUCCUGCUGGCACUCUGUCCUUCUAUGAAGUCUGCUCUGACUCUCUGAUCCACCUCCACACCUUCUUCUGCACGUUUACUGAACCUCUGUGUGCUGGGUUCAGUUUCGGGUUGGGCGACAUGCUCAGCUUAAUGUUCAGGUUGAGUCCUGAUUUCGGUUCCUCUGUGUGUCUGUGUGGACUGUAGGACGGAGAGUCUCCUCCUGUGGACACAAACGCUCGAUCAUGAGUGUUUGGACAGUAAAUGUGCAGCUGGUUUGACUUUGAUGUCUCCGUUGUUAUAAACUAACAUGAUUUUUGGUGCCCCCUUAUGGCUGAUGUAUGAUCCAGACACUGGCGUUUUUUUGGUUCUGUAUCAGCGACAUUGUGCCUUUUAAAAUGUACAAUUAGCCUGUGCAGUGUUACCACACAGUCCAGACCAACAUCGGCAGAGCCCACACUGUGCCAAAACCCAGCUUGCUGGACUUGGACUUCUUCAAACAACUGAACCGAGUUAAUUCCAGCCGACAAGAGAUGGCAGCUGUGGAUACAUGUGAGCGACGAAGCUGACGGAGCUAUUCACGGAACGUCCCAAGAGGAAGCGAGGGAAGAGAGGCGGGCUAAAGGCUAGUGCUACCAGACCUUCGCUGCCUAGUCUGUUACUAGCUAGAGUCUGAUCCUAGGCUAAAGCCUAAAGCUACCAGACCACAGCUGUCUCGUCUGUUGUGGGGGGAGGUGAUGGUCUAGUGGUUAAGCAUUGGGCUUGAGACCAGAGGAUCCUUGGUUCGAAUCCCAGCCUGACCGGAAAAUCACUCAGGGCCCUU